AUGAAGACAAUUAGUCGUAUCAAGAUGACAAAGAACCCGGUCAACCACGGCCGUGCCAAGCACAUUAAUAGCAAGUACCAUCACAUUCGCGAUGAAGUGAAGCGUGGUGAAGUGAAGCUUGGAUACUGCGAGACGACGAUGAUGUUGGCAGACAUUAUGACGAAGGGACUUCACGGACCGCGCCACAAGGACUUAACGGCGGCGCUAGGCAUCUGUGCACGUUCGGAUUAA